UUUCCUUGAUUUUCCCCUUUUUGUUUUGAUUCUGGCGGAUUUUGCGGAAAAAAAGCGACAGAAAACCUGAAGACUUCAUUUCAUUUUUCCACCAAGAAACAUAACUGAAUUUCUUGCUAAACAGAAGAAUUUACCCAUCUUAUUGUAAAACCGAAGCGAAAAUGCCCAAAAACCUGGACGCCGAGAAGAACAACCCCUGCCUGAAGGAACAGGAUCUGGUCUACAAGUGCCUAAAUCAGAACAACUUCGACAAUGGCCAGUGCGAGCUGUACAUGAGCAACUACAAAAACUGUAAAGACUUUUGGUACCGAAUUUCGAGGGACCGACGAGCCCGUGGUCAGUACCCGUACGUACCGGACUUGGCCGAACGGGCCCAGAUCAAGGAGGAGUACAUGAAAUCGAAACCAGUGGCAUAGCUAUGGGAAAUGUGGGUUUCGUAAGGAAUGCAUUGAAACUAUCGGUUUUAUCUUGUUUUUUUGUAUAAAUGUCGUUGAAAUUUAAUUUCAUCUGGUUAUGGAUGAUGAAGCUAUUGUAAAAUAAACUGAAUAGAAUUUAAGAA